GGAGCUCUGAGCAAGAUGUCCGCAGCACCCGCCAGCAAUGGGGUGUUUGUCGUCAUCCCGCCCAGCAACGCCAGCGGCCUCCGCCCACCACCAGCCAUUCUGCCCGCCUCCACGUGCCAGCCUCCGGGGAUCCUGCACUUGGAGGAGCCACCGCUGGGGGCACAGACUCCAAGAACCACCCAGCCUCCGGACUUGCGGCCCACGGAGACCUUCCUGACAGGAGAGCCCAAAGCUUUAGGGACGGUGCAGAUCCUCAUCGGCCUCAUCCACCUGGGCUUCGGCAGCGUGCUGCUCAUGGUGCGCCGUGGCCGCGUGGGGAUGCUCUUCAUCGAAGGCGGCGUCCCCUUCUGGGGAGGAGCUUGCUUCGUCAUCUCUGGGUCCCUUUCGGUGGCAGCUGAGAAGAGCCACACCAGCUGCCUGGUGAGGAGCAGCCUGGGGACAAACAUUCUCAGUGCCAUGGCGGCCUUUGCCGGGACAGCCAUUCUGCUCAUGGAUUUUGGUGUCACUAACUGGGAUGUGGGCAGGGGCUAUCUGGCUGUGCUUACCAUCUUCACCAUCCUGGAGUUCUUCAUCGCCAUCAUUGCCACCCACUUUGGGUGCCAAGCCUCCCGCGCCCAAGCCAAUGCGCCUGUGAUUUUCCUGCCAAACGCUUUCAGCACAGACUUCAGCAUCCCCAGCCCCGCAGCCUCUCCACCCCCUGCCUAUGACAAUGUGGCGUAUGUGCCCAAGGAUUUGUCGGAGUAGAUGGUCACUCUGGCCUGUGGGUGUCCAGCCUUUCCCUUCCAAGCCCCGCCUUCCCCACCCCCACCUCGUUAAUCUGAGGCAGACCCCCUCCCCACUCCUCACAUUCUGUGGCCCUCGAGUGCAGUCUUCCCCGAGGACGUCUGUCCCACAGACACUUGUCCCACAGUGAUUUCUUUCCGAGAAGUGCUGGUUGAUGCCCAGGGCGUGUCCCUGGGCCCCGCCCCCUUUCUGUGCCGCUCUGUAUUUCCCUCUGCUCAUUGGGGAAACCCUGCCUCUUCGGAGACAGGUUCAGGGGCUGCCCCGGCCCUCAGACCUGGGGAAGGUUACUAAGCUCAGAGAGCCCCGAAUCCUCCAGAGGGGAGUAAUGUGCCCAGCUCCCGAGCCCACAGAGCCGGCAGUGGCCCGGCCUUGUGACUCGGGGCCCCAGGACCAGCUCUGUCCUUGUAAUCUGCUGCCCCACCUCAUCAGGCCUGUUUCCUAAUGAAAAGAAACCACUGAACCAGAUGGCACCUGCGGCCCCCCAGCUCCACCGGGCUCCCCAAAAGCUUGGUCUGAGCCAAGCGCUGUCACCCCACUGCUCCGAAACGCUCGUUUCCCGUCCCUGUAAAAUGGAGUCGGUACUGACUCUGGCCACCCACCCCCAAGGGCCCGGGACUUUGCCGGGGAAGGUCGGAGCCAGCCCACCAGACCCCAUCAUCAUCCCCGGGUGCACAGUGAUGGUGAGGCUCAGGACCUCCCUGUGCCCCCCACCUCCCUCCGGCCCAAAGGGCACCACGAGCUGGGCUGCCCGGGGCUGAGGCGACCCCUCAAGCUGGUACAGAGGCCCUGGCGGUGGCUCAUCCCACCCACAUCACAGACGGAAAUAAACA